CGGGGCGCCGCCCUCUCUGCCCCCAGUGCAGGUCCCAGGAGGGAGGGGCUGCCAGCCUGCGAGCGCUGCGACAGAAACCUGACAAAGCAUCUCGGGCAGUCGGGUCGGCCCUCGGGCCCGCGGCGGCCAAAGCAUGGACGCGGUGCUGCUAGAGCACUUCCCCGGGGGCCUGGACGCCUUCCCGUCCCCUUACUUCGACGAGGAGGACUUCUUUACCGACCAGUCCUCCCGGGACCCUCUGGAGGACGGCGAUGAGCUGCUGGCUGACGAUCAAGCCGAGGUGGAGGUCUUCAGCCACCAGCUGCACGAGUACUGCUACCGCGACGGGGCGUGCCUGCUGCUGCAGCCCGCGCCCCCCGCCCCGCCGCCCCCGCCCGGCGCGCCGGGGACCCCGCGGCGCCUGGCCAUCGGCUACAUCAACUCCCUCAGCGAACUGGUGCAGGCCGACCUGCCGCUGCGCGGUGGCGUGGCGGGGGGCUGCGGGGGCCCGGGCGGUGUCGGGCGCCUGGGAGGAGACAGCCCGGGCAGCCAGGCCCAGAAGGUCAUCAUUUGCCAUCGGGGCACCCGGUCCCCUUCCCCCAGCGACCCGGAUUAUGGCCUUCCUCCCCUCGCAGGACACUCUCUCUCAUGGACUGAUGAAAAACAACUCAAAGAACAAAAUAUUAUCCGAACAGCCAAAGUGUGGACCCCAGAGGACCCUAGAAAACUCAACAGCAAAUCCUCCUUCAACAACAUAGAAAACGAACCGCCCUUUGAAUUUGUGUCCUGAGGAGUCCCAGACUCGGCUGAGGAUCUGGUUUUGUCCUUGUGCAUAUUGUAUAUGUGAACAUCUAUACUGUAAAUGUAAUUUAAGAAGUACGUUUCUCUCAUGGCAAUCAACUGUUAUUUAUCUAUUUAUUACCUUGUUGAGUUAAUGAAAUAGAUGAUCUCUUAAAAUAUAUAAUUUAUAUAAUUUAUCCUGAUUUUCUAAAAAAAUAUGCAAUAGUUUACCAGCCCAAUGAACUCUGUGUUGCUGGAAGAACUCCAGCCAGAAAACGCCUUGAUUAUUUAUUGCCAGAUAUGGUUUAUUUCUAAGCGUUGUUAAUAAAUGCUA